UGUCCAGUCUCUGAACUCGGCCGCGGUGUUGCGAGCCGGUUAGUAAGGCCGUGAACACCGCGCUGCCAUCCUCGCAGUCACUUGCCGCCUCUCCGCGACCAAAACGUUUAUGCGACAUCUCCUCGACGACAGUUCCCUCGUCCACGAAAUCGCUCGAGGAUCUAUCGGAGCGGAUCUAUCAGGAAAAACGUGCAAGUCGCUCCAAGCAAAGAGAGAGAGAGAGAGAGAGAAAGAGAGCAGCUUCUCUGGCUGACCAUGAGCGGACCGAUUCCACUGUGAGGAUCGAAGAGGAUCGAGGCUGUCCGCGCUUCUCGCCGAAGCUCUUGAUUCUUCUUCAGAGGAGAAGCUGGACGAAGAUGAAUGGUUCCCGCCGCGAUCGGAGGGUGCUCGAAGGGGAAGCCUGGUCCGCGGACUUGUGAGACAGAAGACAUGCCGGCCGAGAUAUCCUCGCUGGCGCCGAUCGCCAACGGGGAUCCUCUCGAUCGCGAGCGGAAGAAUCCCCGAGCGUUCACGAUCCUGCAGAGAGAUGGGCUAGAUAGCAACCUUCCGCUGCUCCACGUGAACGGGAACGCGAAGGGGUCAGAAAUCUUGCAGUUCGAGGAUAGCAUCAACAGUUUGAUAGACCGGAAACGGCUGAGCAGAUCGAACGAUCAUCUGGUCCAGGCUGCUCUGCAGUCGUCCCACGCGAAUCCCGUGAAGAAGAAGGCGAGGAGCAGAAGCCAGGACAGCCUCCGCUCGCUGGAGAAGGUGCCGGCGAUCAAGCCGAGCAUCACCCUGUCGACGGAGGACUUCAACGAGGUGCUGAACGCGAAGUUGAAGAGGAUCCAGGAUCAGGAGAAGGAGGAGCAGCGCAAGAGCGCGAGGCGGGGUCAUACUUUUCAUAAGAAGCCGUUCAUCACGACGGUGAAGACCGGCGAGUUCUUGAUGCCGCCGCCGGAAGUCGCGGCUCUUCUUGGGAUCGGGCCCACGGAGCCCGAGGAGAUCGAGCCUUGUCCUCUUCGAUCGAGAUUCAAGUCUCUGGUGGCGCUGGCCAGGAAACCGGAAGUCCGGCACAGCAGCCACAAUGCCAGGUGCCCGGCAGCGCUCAAGGCCACAGUCGAUUUCACUCUCGGAAUGAUGAACGCGUCGACCAUGGCUGCCUCGACCUUGGAGGAGCGCUCCAAGAGGAGCGACGCGAACGAUCAACCGGUUCCUUUGGGGAACAUCAUGUUUGACCGGCGAGUCGUACGCGGGAGCACGUACGCCACUCCGCCGACCCUCAUCGAUGGUGAACAAUCGAUAGCGGCCAGGCAAGCGGAAGCUAGGAGGAGGCAUUUGGUGAGGAAACGCGCCCAGGCGCAGGCCACGAAAGCUCUGAUUUUGAGAGCAGGGUCACCGCCACCGGUUCCAGGCCGGAAACACGAGCCCGUGCAAACCGAAGUCUUUCUCGAGGAACUGUACGACAAACCGGACGAAUUCGACGUCGCGACGCAAACCGAUUACUUCUUGGACAGACCUCCGACUCCACCGUAUUGUCCGCCGAAAGUUGGCCAGGAUGCCAGCACGCAAAUCGAGCCCGGUGAUCUCUUCGACUUCGACUUCGAAGUGCAGCCGAUCCUGGAGAAGCUCGUCGGGAAGACGAUGGAGCAGGCGUUGAUAGAGGUCCUCGAGGAGGAGGAAAUUGCGGCUUUGAAGGAGCAACAGAGAAAGUUCCUCGAGCUGCGUGAAAUGGAGAAGGCCGAGGAGCGGCGGCUGGAGGAGCAGGAGAGGCGGAUAAGACAAGAAAAGGACGACAGACUGAAGCAGCACGAGACAGCAAUGAUAGCUGACAGGGAGACGGAAGAACGCGUGGCCGCUGCGACAUUGCUCACCGGCUACAUCGCGGAGCUGCUUCCGGCUGUCCUCGAGGGGCUGAAGAUGUCCGGAUUCCUGCUGGACGAGAUCAAGGCCGACGUGGAAGAAGGGUUCGUGCCUUGGCUAAUGAAGGAGGUGAAAAAGGAGAUCGGCAACGUGGUCGAGAGCAGGGAGCUACUUAUGGAGAUCGUCACGGAGAUCCUGGAGAACCGCGCGGAAACGUACCGGAAGCUCGGCGAAGAGUACGACGCGAUAAGAAGCAAGAAGCUAUCCCCGAGGAACUUGGAAGACGGCGGCUGCGACCCGAAUUUCGUCAAUUACCAGCCACCGGCUGUCGAGAACGCGGACGCAAUCUAGCGAAACACCCAUGGUGCCUACGUGGAAUAGUCGGACGACCGAACGAACGUAACCGUCAACCAUAGAACCAUUUUUUAACCACGGAACCGAUCCGCAUCAUUCACAACAAUACUAGUUUUACGAAGCAAUCCGAAUAAAUCGAAUAUUUCCUACC